CCUUCCACCUAGCGAGUGCUUCAACAACUAAGGAAGUCGCGAGUGGCAUUUGUUGUGGGGUGCGUGUAAUUUAAAAUAUAUUUACAUUCUGGGCAGCAUGAUCUGUGAUACCCAAAGAAGAAAAUAGCUACUCCUCUAAGUAGUGUAAGGCAAAAAUUCAGUUUCCAUCAACAAGCAGCAGGAACAUCGUGGGUAACAUAUACGUGUAAUGGAUGAUCAACUAUUAAUUCUCAAAAACUUUCCGCUGCUGGUACCCCACAAUAGAGAAUUUACGUUUUACGAUGGGUUUAUACGUGUUAAGGGUGCUGAAUUCAGAAUAUCACUCAAUGUCCCACACUAUCCAGCACUGAAAGAUAUGCAUCUGAAAUGUUCAUGGGAUAUAAGUGCCCUUCUGCGUGGAAAGGAGAACGCAAUAACACAGAUUCAAGAAACCUGCCAUACACUUCAUGAAUUUUUGGAAGCACUAUGUACAUUGACGGCUGAACAGAUGAGUGACAGCCAAGGUACAGCCAAUGUAACUACAAGAACAUACAUUAACAUCAUGGAAGAACUGGCAUCAGUAAACCCAGCUUACAUAUCACAUUUGUCUGUAGCACAACAGCAGGUUGUUCUCCAGAAAAUUGAUUCUGCUGGGAGGAAACAUUAUCUAUCGUUGUCAGGAAUUGGAGAACCAAGUCCCCGAGUUUCUGCAGAUCUACCUCAGCAGGCCCUGGCUGUUGUUCGUGCUAAGGGUCCAUCUGUGGGAUCAAUGUACAGAGUAUUUUGUCAACAAGUGGCUUCUCUUCAAAGGUUCUGGACAGUCAUGCAAGAGGUUGAUUCUUCUUGUUGGGUCAUAGAUCCUGAAGAACCAAACCUACGUGAUACUGCUCGAAGGAUCAUCAUUGGUGAAAAUGUCUCUCUGCAACUGCAGGUGAAUCCAUGGGAUCCUUGUUCUCGCCCUGAUAUCAAAUUUCUAGGGCCAGAAAAAACUGUCUCAGAGUUCCGUGAGAGACUCAUUUACAGAUUUGAGGAAUGGGAUUCUGAGAUGAGCCUUCCAGACAACCUUAAAUCAGUCUUGGGUUUCGAAAGCUUUCCUGAGAAACCAGAAGGUACUGAUGAGGAUGAGGCAAACCUUUUGAUACGACCAGGAGAAUGUUUUGUUUGCUUUUCAGUUCGCUUGGAGGGUAGCUUGCCAUCAGAGGCUUGUCCAUCUGAAAGAUGUGGCAGCAUAUUUCACAUGGACUGUCUUUAUCAGUUGCUGAUGUCACUUCCCACCAGCCACCGUAGCUUCAAUAGAAUUAGUGGGGAGUGUCCCAGCUGUGGUGCUGUGAAUAAAUUAUGAUGUCUUUAUCAAAUUAAAUUUGAUUUCAAUUGUUUCAGGCAAUAUCGUGCCCAAUCCCUGGUUGAAGUGAAGCCAUCAGUCCAGCAGUUGACAAAGGUGAUCAACAUAUUACUUUUGUACUGCUUGCAAUACAUCAUAGUCCAAAAAUGACACAAUUUUAUAACAUGAGAGUAUGUCAGACAAGCGAUUAGAUCUUAAAUGCCCAAUAUUGUGCCAGUGAUUGACAGUAAAAAAUCUGCUUUUUUAAAAGUUUUUCAUUAAUUUGUGUUCUCACUAUUCAGUUACACUAUAACUUGCAUGUUUAUUAACACAUACAUGAAAACCUAACUGGUGUUGGUUCAGUGCCUUAUUAAUAUAAUUUUAUAGAAUCUAAAUCCCAAAAGACAAUCUAAGAUUAACAUUUCCUUAAAUACAUUAUGAUGUCUGAGAGUCAGAUAACAUAUAUUUUAAUGCCAAGUCCCAUCAUGAUCCAAAAGCAAAACAACCCUGGGAGUUAUACACUAACCACGAGAGCACAUCAAGUCAGACAUAUUACCAUCC